AUGCCUGGCUUGGGCUCGGAAGAGGAACUGCGUCUACUGAGAAAUUCAGUGGCACGCCACAGUGCCACCAUCCGCCAAUGGGAGCAAGUCUUGAACCAGCACCAACCCGAGAGCCAGCUGCAGUCUGAAGUGGACAACCUGCAAGCUCGGCUGCAGCGCAAGCAGGCGGACUUGAAGCGCGCAGAGACUCCACCACCGGCGGUUUUUCAGCCUCUGCCGGAAAGCGACGACUCCGCCAAAGCAGUUAUUUUCUUCCUGUACACUCCUGACCUGCUGCGCUCGCUUUCGCGCAUGACUAUCCUGGCGGAGCAGCUGCUGCUGCCCUGGCCGUGGCGCUGCGAAAAAAGGUGGGAUAUGACGGAUGCGAUCGGUGUUAAAAACUUCCCCACAUGCUGGGCGGACUAUUACAACAAGAAGCAGAGCUGCUUGUAUUUCACUCCACCGACGCGGCGGCAUGGCAAGCAUGGCCCGGUGCAGCUGCUGAGUCGUGGACGCAUACCAGAAGACUCACUUGUGCGCGGCACCCACAUCGAUCAUCUCACAUCUGAGAGAGAUGGCGUGCGCGUCUCAAGUGUUUCAGGAUGUUUCAGGCAAUUUCAGGCUGCAUGA